UAAUGUCGGAAACAGUUAUCGUCGGUACUGUGGCAAACAGAGGAUGCAUUCCGAAUCUCGACACCGAAGGAGUAUUUUUAAAACCCCUGGUAAAAUCAAGUUACAGAGGUUCGAACUGGGCCAGUAAUUUAUCCCCAUUCGAAAGACUAAGCGCACACCAAACCUUGGCAAGUGCUAGAAGAUUUAUUUAUUUUCGACCAUUCCCUGGCACGAUCCCUUCGGAUGAACUGGACUUCAUAUUGACUGCCCAGUACAACCAUACCAGCGAAACUUUUGCCGAUAAACAAGACACUGUUCUGCAGCCGGAAACAGUCAACAAAAGCUCUUGGAAACGUUUAAGAAAUACAUCUGAUAUAAGAGAAAGUAAACAUGCAAUUUCUGGUCCAGAAUUCGAAAGUGUUAAGUAUGGUAGUAAAUCGUUAAACAGGGUGAAACUACCAUACAGAUACAACAAUGCUCAUCCAGUUAUGAUAGGAGGUAUUGCCGCGAAGAAGCAUCCGAGCAGUGUAAAGUUGCUCAUUUCAUCUCAUCAUUCACCUUUGAGUAACGCUGGCUAUUCAAGACAGCCUCAAGAUGGAACGCUGUUUCAGUACUAA